GCCUCCGGCUCCAUGAGCGCCUCCUCCUACCCCCGCCUCUGAGCUUCCCGCCCUCCACCUCAUGGCUGCAUCGGAAGAAGGGACCGGCUGCUUUCUCCCGCGAGGCAGGUCUCAGAGUGACCCCAGCAUCCUCACCGACCCCGCGGGUCCCGGCGCCGGUGAGCACCCAGAUGAGAUGGAGCAGUCCCCUGCAAUGCGUUCUGACUACUUGGUCUCAGGGAUUCGAACUCCACCAGUGAGGAGAAACAGUAAACUGGCAACACUGGGCAGGAUCUUCAAACCAUGGAAGUGGCGGAAAAAGAAAAAUGAGAAGCUAAAGCAGACAUCUGCAGUGCUGGAGAAGAAGAUGACAGCCCGACAAGGUCGGGAUGAACUCAUUAAGAAAGGCCUUCUGGAGAUGAUGGAACAAGAUACUGAAGGGAAAGCCUGCACUGGUGAUGAUGCCACAAGAGCAGCACAGAGUGACCCUCCAGCUCCUGUGUGCCAGGCCUCAGAAGAGGUUCAGCAAGAGAGUAUCAUAGCAGCCACAACAAAUGUGACAUCGCUUGGUGAGGAGCUGCAUUUGGAUGAGUUGAAAGAAGAUGCAGCCAAGAAACCUUCAGCACUCACAGAAGAAUUAGAAGAUGCCAGCCUGCCAGCAUCUGAAGACAGUCCACAAGCCUUACUUGUAUCUGAAUCCACAGAUUCCCCCCAGAAAAUGACAGAAAGAAACCCAGCACAGCUUCCCAGCCCUCCACUGCUCCCAGCUCCACCACCUAAGGCAAUCUCCAAAAUCCCAAAAAGUGUAACAGCAGGAAGUGAAGUUGAUGACCCAGCCAUGAAAUCUCCUCCUUCCACCAUCCUGCAGAAUUAUGUUAUUGUUGGUUCCUCCCAAAUCUCAGGACAAGCUGCCCUCUUCCAUCCCUCUGGCCAGAAAAGUUCAGAGCCCCAUGUCAGAGGACAGGUAACAACACCCACCGGUUCCCCUCACCUGGCUGCCAUCCACCCACCUUUACCUCCCAGCAGAGUCAUUGAGGAACUCCACAGGGCUCUGGCCACCAAACAUCGGCAGGACAGCUUCCAUGGAAGAGAAAGCAAAGGAUCUCCAAAAAAAAGAGUGGAUGUUCGUCCCUCCAGGACAUCGAGCAUUGAGCGCAACAAAGAAAAGGAGAACUCACUGAGUUCCAGCAGUGACUCAGAAAAUAAGAGGAACUCAGUUAAAGAGUCAGAUGAGAACAAAGAAAACAUGAUCAUGAACUCCGAGCUCACGGAAGAUUCUGUUUUCUAUCAAGAUGAGGAAGUUUUGAACGAUUCUAUUAUUUCUGGUACUUUGCCAAGAAAAUGCAAGAAAGAAUUGCUGGCAGUAAAACUACGAAACAGACCAAGCAAGCAGGAGCUGGAAGACAGGAACAUUUUCCCAAGGAGGACAGAUGAGGAAAGACAGGAAAUCCGGCAGCAAAUUGAAAUGAAACUCUCAAAGCGACUCAGCCAAAGACCUGCAGUUGAGGAGCUAGAAAGAAGAAAUAUUCUUAAACAAAGAAAUGAUCAAACAGAACAGGAAGAAAGAAGGGAAAUCAAACAGAGACUGACAAGAAAGCUUAAUCAGAGACCUACAGUUGAUGAACUAAGAGACAGAAAAAUCCUGAUUCGAUUCAGUGACUACGUGGAAGUGGCAAAAGCACAGGACUAUGACAGGAGAGCAGAUAAACCAUGGACAAGACUAUCGGCAGCAGAUAAGGCAGCAAUUCGGAAAGAGUUAAAUGAAUACAAAAGUAAUGAAAUGGAAGUGCAUGCAUCAAGCAAACAUUUGACAAGAUUUCACAGGCCAUAG